AUGAGUGAACAAACUACAAAAAAAGAGGAAACUCCACUACACACUGUCGGUUUUGAUGCUAGAUUCCCACAACAAAAUCAAACCAAGCACUGCUGGCAAUCAUAUGUGGAUUACCACAAAUGUAUAAACCUGAAGGGUGAAGAUUUUGCUCCAUGCAAAACUUUCUGGAAAACCUAUUCUGCUUUAUGUCCUGUCGACUGGAUCGAAACAUGGGAUGACCAAAGAGAAAAGGGUAUUUUCCCAGCUGAUUUAAACUCAGAAUAA